AUGUCUGUUUCAACUCUUAUUAGCAAAUUGCAACUAGUACCUACCGAGAACAACAAUAACAAUCUAAACGAAUUGCCACUAUUACCUGCCGAAAAUAAUGGCCGCAAUAUAAAGUAUAAUUUUAAUCUAAUCACUAUCGUUAACUUAGUAUUUUAUGGUUUAUUAAUUCCAUUCCCAAUACUUAUUAGCGAAUUGCAACCAGAAAGCCCAAGCAAUCUAAAGUAUGAUUAA